CUUCCGGCCGGGCUGAGAGCCUGGCCUUAGGUUUCCGGUGGCCGCUGUUGCGGUGUGUGCUUUCUGCAAUUCGGAGACCUUCUGUCCUCUUGGGCCUCGGUUCAGCGUUAGUUAACGGUUAACCUCCAGGGCAGCUCGUACCCAGGCGUGAGAGGCCCAGUGCGCAAGUUCGCCCGGAGAACUGGGCGGCUCCCUGGACUCGCAGCCCCAGGGCGGCCGGCGGGCUGUGUUUGGCGCGCUUGCCCGGCCCUGUGCGCCCGAUGCUGUCUCCUGGUCCCUGCUGGGCCUGACUGCAGACCGACCUUACCGAGAGUUUCACAACUGUCUGAAGUCACGCCAGAGCUGGAGACAUCUUAGAAGUGACAGCCAGCUUGACCUGAGCGUUAGCUACGGGCAGGGCCAACUCCAAACAUUUGUGUUGUGGCAAAGCCUUGUCCAUGUACACCCUCUGUGGCCAGCCUUUCUCGUGCAGCACAGGGAAAUUAAACCCCCGGCACCAAAUCUCGCGGAGCUGAGAUUCACAUCCAGGUGGAGCUCACCUGUGAUCACGGGUCUCUGCUGGCCAACGACAGGAAAUUUCCAGGGCGGCCACAUGACUAUUAAAUUAUUAGCUAGCAUGGAACCUGAUGACUCUAUACAAAAUCCUGAAGAAAAGGAAUAUUCUUCUGUCUGUGUGGGCAGAGAAGCAGACAUUAAAAAAUCUGAAAGAAUGACCGCUGUUGUCCAUGAUAGAGAAGUGGUCAUUUUCUACCACAAAGGACAAUAUCAUGCUAUGGAUAUUCGCUGUUACCAUUCAGGAGGACCUUUACAUUUGGGAGAAAUAGAGGAUUUUGAUGGACGACCAUGUAUAGUUUGCCCUUGGCAUAAAUACAAAAUUACUUUGACAACAGGAGAAGGACUAUACCAGGCCAUAAACCCUAAAGAUCCAUCAGCAAAACCCAAGUGGUGCUCCAAAGGAAUAAAGCAAAGGAUCCAUACAGUGACAGUGGAAAAUGGGAAUAUUUAUGUGACUCUUUCUAAGGAACCUUUUAAGUGUGACUCUGAUUAUUACGCUACUGGACAAUACAAAGUAAUUCGAAGUUCUUCUAGAUAAAAGUCCUUGGAAUAAAUUAUCACAACCGAGCUCUCAAUUUACCUCAGCAUCUCAUCGUCAGGCAAGUCAAGUGGCAAACAUACUGUGUUUUUUAGUUCUCAUUACUGGAUAAAAGGAAACACAAAUUCAAAUGGAAUGGAAAGGUACAAUUUUUUUUCUGCCAGUGCAUUUUCAUGAACAUCGAAAGACUAUUCUCCACAGAUGUCUCUCGUCCUUACACAGGUUGGAUCUUUGGAGCAAAGGACAUACGGGAAUAGCUAACUGCCUUGGAAGCUAGAGAAACUGUGUCCCUCUGAGAGAGAUAAAGCCCUGCUCUUCUUCCGCUGAUCUCUGCUUUCAUUCCAGGGUGAUGAGUAAUCCCUCUCUUUCCUACGAGAGGGGACUGGACAGACUCUCAGAUCCACAGAGAAACUCAGUCUCUUCAUUUCAAGGUUCCUCUUCCUUGUGUUGUAACCUACUCCAAACACAGACAACAUCUGAUCCUCAUCACAGUGCCCUCUGGGAAUGAAGCAGAGGAAACCAACAAACAUUGCCGUGGUUGAUGCUUUUACUGUGGAUAACAAUCUAUGC